AUGGGUCACGCCGCAGGUCUCCGCGCUGGUACUCGAUACGCCUUCUCUCGAAACUUCCGAGAGAAGGGUUCGAUCCGUCUCUCUACCUACCUACAACAGUACAAGGUCGGCGAUAUCGUUGACAUCAAGGCCAAUGGUGCUGUUCAGAAGGGUAUGCCUCACAAGGUCUACCACGGCAAGACCGGUGUCAUCUACAACGUCACCAAGACGGCCGUCGGCGUCAUUAUCUACAAGAAGGUGAAGCACCGGUACAUCGAGAAGCGAAUCAACGUCCGCAUCGAGCACAUCACCCGAUCGCGAUCAAGAGAGGAUUUCCUCAAGCGCGUCAAGCAGAACGCCGCGCUCAAGAAGCAGGCCAAGGCUGAUGGUACUACCGUUACCGUUAAGCGACAAGCUACCCUUCCCCGUGACGCCCGAACGGUGUCCAUGAAGGACAACCACCCGGAGACGGUGACUCCCAUCGCGUACGAGACGACCAUCUAA